AUGGCAUUUGCAACCCAAUCGUUGGGUACAGUUGCCUAUCAAAUCAGUCGUCUGGCUUCUCAUUUUCUCGAGGCAAUCGAUAUGCAAUCUGAUAUGCUCGGAGAGAUCUCUGACCGUAUCGAGAAAUUACGAAUGGUGUGUAAUGUGCAUCAGGAAAAGGUGUCCAGAAAAGCAAUUGGAUCUUGCACCAACCCCAAAGUUCCGAUCAUUUUUCAACAUGAAUGCUCGCACCCUGAACCGCCUCCAAAAUACAUUCGUCGACCUAUCGACUAUUCGUUGCUGGAUGCUGUAGGACACGGUGAACCUACAUUAAAUCAAUAUGGUGUGCCGGUUUUGCACGCAAAUACUAUUCAGCGACGAGCUAGUGCAUCAACAUCGGUCCCCGGUCAAGGUGCCUUCGUUCGGCAACACAGCACUGUCUCUUGCCGCACCUCCGGAACUAAGUCCACCAUCGAAUACGCGGCACCGAUGCAUUCAAGUAAUACCAUGCGCUAUCAAAGUGGCACCCUCGGUCGGACUGCCGGGAUUUACCGCACUGCUGUAGUUCCACCGCAACAUCUGUUAGGAGCGGAUCCACUUCAUCCGCAUUCCAGUGGUGGUGGGAGCAGCCCGGCCGCGGGCAGUUUAUCGUCUUCCAACUACGCUCCCGGUGGAGCUGCAAUUGCGGCGAAUUCAGCGGCCGCCGAUGUGGCAAAUGCGGCCGCCAUUAUCGGACAAUCGAGUCGUUCGAGUGGCUCAUCUAGUCUUGGAUCGUCUGCACAACACGGAAUGGCUACAGCAAAUCAAAUGAUGCAUCAAACUCAUGUUCAAGCACAACAGCAACAACAACAAUCUGCUUACGGUCAACCCUUCCCAAGCCCGCAUAUGCCAGUAGUUCAGGGGCCCCAAUCAAAGGUAAUCUACUCGGCAAGCGACCCGAACACGGCGAUGGCUAUGCACAUGCGCCAACAACAUCUGCAAUCCACACCAAAUCCACACUCAAGUCCAAUGGCUAUGCAACAUCACGUCCAAACCUCCGGAUAUCAUCAGGCUGCGCAUGCGCCCAGUGCCGAGUUUGCUGUAGCGCAGCAACAACAGCAACAGCAGCAACAACACUAUGCCCAACAGAAGCAGCAACAGCAGUUACAACAGCAACACCACCAGGCAUCCAUGCACGCGAUGCAAAGCACCGGUAUUCCACAUAAUCUGAUCCCAAUGGAACCACCUUCGCAUAUCGGCGGUGGGGCUCAUUCUCAAGUCAACUAUGCUAAGCCGGCCGAUCAAAAUCCGGUUCCCAUUUCCCCGACUUCGGUGGCUGGUUCUGACAAUGUUCCUGUUCCUCCACCCGAGGCGUAUGCUGGUCAGGCACCAAGUACUCCACAUCAUGCCUAUCUUGGCCCCGAUGUUGCGCCGCUUGCCACGGAAUCGCGUCCCGGUGUUGGUGACACUCAUAGCGCAGCCGGGCCAGGCGGUUUGAUUGCUCGCAGACCCGAGGAUCCCGCAUGGGCACCGGAUUACUAUAUGGAAAAAGAUUUAAUUCUCGAAACAGCCCUAUCCUCGUGCGGGGAUAGCGGCAUCAAUUUACUCCCAGGUCACAGGCUGUCUGAUCUAGCGUAUCCACACGACAUUGUGCUACUACGUGAAGAUCCAUGUAAGCUACAAGCUUUUCUGGAAAGUUUAAAUGCUAUUGUAGUCAUGUUCGGUAUGUGUCGUUUGGCAUUUGCUAACUUGAGAUAUUUGUGGCAUGGUUGCGACAUCCGGCUAUCUGUUAAGGGUCGAGUGUAUGCUGCAGCAGUUCGGCCAGUGCUGCUUUGCGGUACAGAGACUUGA